AUGAUCUGGCAGCCUCUUCGUGAGGCAGGUGUGGAAGGGCUGCACGAGUUCUACACGUACAACUCAGACCGCAUUUGGUCAGGGGCUGUCUGCUUGUUUAUUACUCUAUGGAUGGUGUGCAGCAGUCUAGGAUGGUUCCGAAAAAUGGCUUACGAAUUCUUCGUGCUUCAACAUAUUGUUUCUAUCAUUUUACUGAUCAUCUUUCUUUUUAUCCACUUUGAUGAUCAGCUUGGAAGCAAUAACUGGCUGUAUGCUACCCUUGCUAUUUGGAUUUUUUCCAUCGUUGGUCGCAGCUUUAUGGCACUGUUCUCCACGCGCUUUUUCCGUGGUGGAAAUGCAAAGAUUGAUAUUCUUGCGACUGCACAGGAAAGUAGCAGGCCAGUCUCCGGCGAUAUGAAUGGUCGUGUGCUUCGGCUAUCGUUUAAAACUCCAAUGAAGUGGAAGCCAGGUCAACAUAUAUAUAUUCGUUUCCCUGGUUUGACCCCAACGCAAGCCCAUCCAUUCACAAUUACAUCUCUACCGAACGAAACUUCCAAGGAAGGACUCAAUGACCUUGUUCUUUUCGCCCGUGUACACAAAGGCAUCACGCAUAAGCUUUACGACCAUGUUGAACAGCAUGGUACUGAGAACAUUCCUCCGUCCUGGGAAAGUCGUGCAGACUCGGUUGAAAAGCAACGUCUCUCACACGAUGUAUCUGAAAUCAUGAAUCACUCUAUUGAACCGGCACUUACAAAGAUUCAGACGCAGAGUGGCCUUCCAACCCGAUACACUACCGUCAAGGCGCUUGUGGAUGGCCCAUACGGCUACACGUAUCGUAACACCAUGUAUGAACAUAACGUGUACUUCGCUGCAGGCACGGGUGCCACGUAUAUUCUUCCUCAAAUGAUGGAUCUUCUUCGCCGCUCCAUUCGCGGCGAGGCACACAUCACCAAGAGCAUUCGAUUCAUUUGGUCUAUUCGGUCGUUUGACGCCGCCCAAUGGGCUCGCCCAGAGCUGCUCGAGCUCAUUCGACUUGGUCAAGGAGCCCAUAUUCCUGUGUUUGUGGAAAUCUACUCCACACGAGACUCUGCGACUCAUUGGAUUGAUGCUGAUCUUUGCCCCUUGGAAUUUGUUUCUGGGCAACGCCCGAAUAUUGAGGCCGUCCUCACGUACGAAAUUAAUGAGGCUAUGAAAUCGAAUUCAGCUACAAUGUGUGUUUACGCUUGCGGCACGCAUGAGAUGAACAUUCAGGUGUCUAACUUCGUUGCUGGUGCCAACCUGAAUAUCGCCAUGGGCAAGCUGGGAUCCUUGCAUGACUUGAAGUUGAACUCCGAAUCUUUCUCUUUCUAA